AUGGCGGAUUAUGAUGGUAGCAUUCUAGCUGUUGGGAUAAAUGUAGAUAUACAGAGAACAGAUGGUCGUGUACAUUCGGCUAUUGUGAGUGGUAUUAAUCCCAACACGAAAAGUGUGACAGUAGAGUGGUAUGAAAAAGGAGAAGCUAAAGGAAAGGAGAUAGAAUUGGAAGCAAUACUUCAAUUGAACCCGAAUUUAAGAUAUUCAUGUCCCAUCGUAGAUAAUGUUUACGGGACUGCUGAUAUCAGUCGAAACAAUUUAGUUAAAGAAGUUCCGAAUUCCUCACACCGUCCCGGAGUCAAUCUUCCUACUGAUAUAAGGCAGUCUCAAAAUUCUGUUCCUGUGGCGGCUUCUGCUUCUGUUCUCGCUCCAUCUAGUAACAAAGUUAACGCCACUCAAAUAGAAUACUCAUCCAGUAAUCAAUCUCGUUUGAUUGCUCCAUCAACACGCGUUCCUGUCCCGUCUUCUCGUGUGCCUAUUGGCCACGUUCCCACUCGCUCUACAACAAUAUCUGCCUAUGAUGACCGUACAAAUAACUCUUCUCGAUCUCAAGCUCCUCUCCCGGUACAUAAUUCUGUGGAUAUUAGUCACACUCACAAUGAAGGAUCCCGUUAUAAUGUACAUCAACAUCGUGCAAUUUCUGAUGAGCCAAUGGAUGAAGAUCUGGAACCAUCAGAAUCUGUUCAACUGGACCACAAUGAUUAUAAUCAUGUGACCAGUAUGUUACGGGAACCUGAAAAUAAUACUUUACUCACUGAACGGAUGGAACAGGAUAUCGGUGAUGUAUUUGAAGAUAACCUUCAGUCAGGAAUAAUCAAUGGGAACCGUGGCUUUGCAGGUGAUGCUUCUCGCCGUCUGAUAGGUCGCGCAAAUUCUAAUUUAGGCGCACCUAUUGUAAAUAGUACAUUGUCUGCACUGAAUACAAGUUCACCUACUACUGCUCCUGGUAUUAACGCUGGUGCCGCCGGUGGUAGUGGAACUCUACGCAAGUCUAAUUGUGUGAAAGAAAUCGAGCGAAUACAACAGCGACGUGAAGAACGACGUGCUGCCCAGAAAGCAGUUCGUGAUCAAAUUGAUUUAGACCCAACCAAUCCUAGUUAUGAGUUUCAUAUGAUGAUUCAUGAAUAUCGAAAUACAUUGGAAUACAGACCCUUAACCAAUACAGAUUUAAUAGAAGAUCAUCAAAUAUGUGUUUGUGUACGUAAACGUCCUAUGAACAAAAAAGAACUUGGCCGUCGUGAAAUUGAUGUGAUCACAGUCCCGAAUAAACAACAUGUACUUGUCCAUGAACCAAAAACUAAAGUUGAUCUAACGAAAUAUCUUGAAAAUCAACAAUUCCGUUUUGAUUAUGCAUUUGAUGAUACAUCAGAUAAUGAACUUGUGUAUCGGUAUACUGCGAAACCUUUAGUGGAAUGUAUAUUUCAGCGUGGCAUGGCCACAUGCUUUGCUUAUGGUCAAACAGGAUCUGGGAAAACACAUACAAUGGGUGGUGAAUUUCAUGCUCGUGGUCAACAAAAUUGUUCUAAUGGAAUUUACGCCUUAGCAGCUGCUGAUGUCUUCGAUUUGAAUACAACUACGUAUAGGAAUGAGAAUCUUCGAAUUGUUGCAACAUUUUUCGAAAUAUACAGUGGGAAAGUUUUUGACUUGUUAAAUAAGAAAGCCAAACUUCGAGUUCUGGAAGAUGCUAAAGGUCAAGUACAAAUAGUUGGAUUACGUGAAGAAGAAGUGAAUUCAGUUGAUUGUGUUUUAAAACUUCUACAGCAUGGUGCACAUAUUCGAACUAGUGGUCAGACAUCAGCUAAUCAACAUUCUAGUCGUUCCCAUGCUGUCUUUCAAUUGAUUUUAAAAAAACAAUCUACGGGGAAAAUUCAUGGUAAAUUUUCACUUAUUGAUUUGGCCGGUAAUGAACGUGGUGUGGAUACAAGUAGUUCUGAUAGACAUACUCGAAUGGAAGGCGCUGAAAUUAAUAAAAGUCUUUUAGCUUUGAAGGAAUGUAUUCGUGCUCUUGGUCGGCGUGGUGCACAUCUACCUUUUCGUGCAAGUAAAUUAACUCAAGUACUGCGUGAUUCAUUUAUUGGAGAUCGUUCUCGAACGUGUAUGAUUGCUAUGAUAUCACCUGGUAUGUCCAGCUGUGAACAUACAUUAAAUACACUACGUUACGCUGAUCGAGUGAAAGAACUUGGACCAGGAACUUUGUCGGCAAGUAACAGUAAUACUGAUCUACCGGCAACUGGUAAUACUAAUCAACCACAGUUAUCAUCUCGUAGUUCAAAUUGUACUGUUGCUGGAGGCACGGUGCCUCCUCAAAUCAACUUUCGGAAUCCUCCAAGUACUAAUAUAGGUACUACCGGGAAUAUCUUGUCGAAAAAUUAUUACCCUUCAUCCAAUAAUAAUGAUUUUAGUAAUAACAACUGGCAGAAUGAUACAUUAACAAACAAUCAUGUUAAUUCAAUUGCUGGCGGUGACGGUGAUUUAGCUAUGCUUCGAUCAGCUAAUGAAGGUGAAGUACCUGAGGAAGUUCUUCAUUUUCAUGAAGUUAUCGAUCAGAUUGAACGUAUGGAAGAGGAGAUUUGUGAUGAUCACAAAGCUGUUUGUCAUUCUAUGAGCGAUUGGACUAAAGAACAUUAUUCUUUAUACAAAAUAUCAAAUCAAGUGGAAUUCGAUGUUGAAGAAUAUAGUGCUCGUUUAGAAUAUCUACUUAGCAAACAAAUUAAAAUUUUAUCCUCUUUAAAAGAUAAAGUGACACUAUGGCGCCGUGAUCUAAGACAAGAAGAAGAACUAAGCACUAAUUUACAACGAAAUCAUAAGUUAUAG